AACUGGGGAGUCAGAUUCAUCACUGUCAUCUAAUCUCAUCUAUCCAAAACAAUCGCGCGUUCCCUGUCCAGUUUCCGCUUUCCACCACCUAUGGAGGCUCUUUCCUUAACCAUAUCCAUUCCCACGCGCUCCUCUGAUCAAUGCACAACUCACCUCGUGAAGCCCAACUUCACCUCUCUUCGAUCAUCCCAUUCAACCCGAAAUUUCACCUCCCAUUGCUCAAAUUCACCCCAAACCCAUGCCAGCCCAACGCCUCACUUGCCCCGACCGCCGCAGACUCUAACCGACAUUAAUCUUCACGGGAACUCUCCGAAAUCCCUUUUCUUCUCUAUUUUCACGGGUUUAUCUUUCCCCUUUUCGUGCUUUGCCUCUGAAAUUGCUGCACCCACUGAAGAGAUUCCAAGUAAAAUAAAUUUAGAAGCAAUUGUGGUCUCCAUUGAUGAACUGCUCACUAGGUAUCCCUUUGUUGCUUUUGGGGUUGCAUUUAUUUGGCUUGCAGUAGUUCCACUCACUAAAGACUACAUGCAGAAGUACAAGUUCAUCUCUGCCAUUAAUGCAUUUAAGAAGCUCCGGGAUGACCCGAAUUCUCAGAUGUUAGAUAUCAGGGAUAAGAGGGCUCUGGCCUAUUUAAAUUCUCCCAAUUUGAAACUAUUGAAUAAGAGUGCGAGGCAGGUUCAUUUCGUUGGAGGAAAUGAAGAUGCUUUUGUCAAGGAAGUUAUGGAGAAAUUUCCAGAACCGGAAAGCACAGUUGUUUGCAUUAUAGACCAUUUUGAUGGUAACUCGAUCAAAGUGGCUGAACUCUUGGUGAAAAGUGGUUUCAAAGAGGCCUAUGCAGUCCGAGGUGGGCUACGAGGCAAUAAAGGGUGGCAGGUGAUAUCUCUGUCUAUUCUAAAUGUACUUAGUUUGAGAAUAACUGAAUAAGUUGAUGCAGUGGCACAUUGCAACCAUGUGUCUUGAAUCUUAACAGUAAUAAAAUGUGCUCUCUGGCCGAAUUUCUAGUUAUAGAAUAGGGAAAAGUAUGGAAAAAAUACCUGUGAUUGAGCACGUUUUCAAACAGCGGCCUGCGUUUCAUUUCUUAACAAACUAAUCUAUGCGGUUGAUUCCGUUAUCACUGGAGGGGUCUGCUGCCUAACUCCAUUGGAAAUUGCAGGAAGAAGACAAUGAAUAGUAACUCUGAUUUUCAAAAGUGCCCGGAUAGUUAGAAAAAAAAUAUCGGGACUCGGGAGGUGCACCUCGUCAAUGAGAUAUUCAAAUCAUCUUCUUUUUUGGAUUUUUUGGCUCUUUUUGGUUUACUUUUUUUAAAAAUAAUUCGCCAAUAUACUGUUUCCUAUGGAUUUUCUAGCGAUAAGGGUGACUUUGAAUAAAAAAGUAAGAUAGUCUAGAGGUCUCCCUGACGAGGCGUACCUCUCACUAUUUUGUUUUAAUUAUCCGGAAACUUUUGAAAAUUGGAGUUAGGCGCCGAACCCCUCCAGUGAUAACGGAAUCAAAACACAUGGACUACUUUGUUAAGAAAUGAAAUACAAGCCCCUACAUGAAAACACACUCAAUCACGUGUACCAUUUCCGUACUUUUCCUUGAAUAAAAUAUUGUCAUUGUAAUAAUAAAUAACAAAAUCACUGGAGGGGAUGGGGGGGGGGGGGGGGGGUUCAUUCUUUUACUAAUUUAUCUCUGUUUGAGAAUUUGCUGGUGUGGGACCAUAAAUGAUGAUAUUUUUCACUAAAUAAUGUUUUUAUACUCCCUCCGUUCAGUUUUAGUUGCUCCAGUAGAUUUUUCAUUACUUGUAUGAUAGUGAAUCGAGUACGAAGGUAACAAAAUAGAAUAGAUGGAAACGUUGGAAAUAGAAGGUAUAAAAGUAAGUAUAUCUAUACCUUUUAAAGAUGUAUGCGUAGGAAAAAUUAUCAAAAAUGGAAAAUGAAGUAAAAAUGAAGUUAUCUAUACCUUUAAUUAAUAAUAAACUUACAUAAAAAUUAAGUGAAUCAAGUAAAAAUGAACAAAGGAAGUACGAAGUACGGAGUAUAAUUUUUUGGCUCUAUUUACCCUCUUACCUUCUAUAUGUAAGAAUAAACUAAAAAAAGAUAUCACCCUGCCCUCUGAAAUCCUUUGACUACUGCAGUUUGGUGGGUAUUUUCCGAGCUUCUCGUCCUUAUCAUUACCCGGAAGUCUUACUAAACGCUAUACUUUGUAUUUUAUUGCAUUGUGUUUGCAGCAUUGGUUAAUAUAGAAUGCACAAGUUACUUCUUUGGAGAACAAAGCUAUAUGAAUGAAACUAACACUUUAACUUCACUUUAAGAUAUUACUUUCUUUAAUUUAUUUAAAAUACAAAGUACAUUUUAAAUAAACUCUUAGAUCAUUAAGCAGAUUCAGGUACACUUUCCAGACAUGUAAGCCUUACCAAAUGGGCCCUAGUUAGUAGUAGCCCUGAGAUGGUCUCUCAUCGGAUGACACUUGACUAUUAAUUCUGAUUACAUGUCCAUUUUGUUGUAGGAGAUACAGGAAGAACUUCUCCCUUUAUCCGUUCGUGUCUACCACAAGAAGAAAGCCAAAGUGUUGGAACAGGAACAGGGUAACAGUACAGAUGCCAUCCAGCCAGAUGAAGAUAUGGAUUCCGGUAUUAAAAGAGGUGAAGACAUGAUCAAGGGAUCUGUUACAAUGCCCUAUGAGAUCAACUCAAGUGGUUAUAGGCCAUUAUCUCCCUAUACAAAUGUAUGAACUCCUCUCGUCUCUGUAAAAAACAAAUAAACAAGGCAAACACUUUAUCUGCUUAAUUUUUCUGCAAUGAAGUGUAUGGUAACAUCCAUUUUAGCCAAUAAGAGUCUGUCUGGUAAGGCUUAAAAUGUCUAUGUGGGUGAAUUUACUUAAAUUGCGGCUGAAAGGUUUGAAUUUGCCAAUUCUCUAAAAUAUUUAUUAAAAAUGAUUUUGUAAGUAAAUGAAAUAAAGUAGAAAAAAUGGCCUGAUUAUGACCCCUUGACUCUUCAUUUCCAAAAUUAUGACCAUAUUCCAAUUUCCCAAAAACAUGAGAGUUGUACAUCUCUCCCAACGUCUCCACACUCUCCCCAAGUAAAUCCUUCGCACAUCCCAUUCAACCCUCUCACAGCAUCACCUCCGCACAGCAAAUCCUUUGCAUCACCUCCGUCUCCAACCUCCGCCUCCACAACAAUUCCUUCUCUCUUGAGUUUCUGCACAGCGGCGGCGGCCGUUCGACCUCCGUCAUCCACCGUCACAGUCCCCGCCGAGCGCUUCCGUGUCUCACUUUCUUCUUUUUCUGUUCAUGCGCCGCCUCAUCGCUCCACGUCGAUGUGAGGUUCCGAAUCCCAGUGGUGUGGUUGAUUUGGCCGACGAUGCGGUGAUUUGGACGGCGGUACGGUUGAUUUGGGCGGCGGUGCGGUUGAUGUGACUGUUUCUCUUUUCCAUCCAACCUCCGUCGCUGGAUCUAAGGUUUGAUGAAGUCCAGAGGUAGCCGCUUGGUUUCAGAUCUGCCAGGGAGUUGGCCGCUUGAUUUCAGAUCAGUUGGUGCGAUGGCUGCUUGGUUUCAGAUCUGUCGGUGUGGUGGCCGCUUGGUCUCAGAUCUGCCGAGGGCAGUGCCAGUGGUUGGGUAGAGGAUGUGCGUUGUGGUCUGGGCAGUGACGGUAACGGUGGUGUGGUGAGGGGAGGGGGUUGGAUACAAGUGGGGGUUGUGGACGGGGAAGGGGUGGCACUGUGGCCGGGCGGACGGGCAGUUACUGGGUCGGUGGCCCGGGAAGUCACUGAGGCCAGAAGUCACGGUGGCCGGAAGUCGCUGAGGCCGGAGUCAAUGUGACCGGAGGCAUUGAGAUAGUGACUGACGACGGCGGCGGCGGUGACGGUGACCGCGACGGUCUGGGGGCGGCGGCCGCAGAGCUGCUUGUGGCUGCAAAGUUAUUAAAAUGAUAAAUUUAUGAUUAAAUAUAAGCAAUAAAUGACUUUAGUCACUUUUUUGGAAAAAUUUAAAACAAGUCACAUUUUUGUCAUUUUCACUCAUUUUAGUAAUAUUGCAAUAAAAAGGCCAAUAAAGUAAUGUGAAUUGUCAUUUGCGUCAUGUUAGCAGUGAAGGAUGAAUUGUCAUUUGCAUUGCAAAAUUGUGAAAUAAGUUUGUGUUUGGUGAAAAACCUAGUCAGUCAGCCAAAAUAUGCAUGUUAGCAAUAGCAAGUGAAAAGUUACUUAUUCUGCUAACAUGUUAGAACUGGUGACCAUAAGGUGCCUUAUUUUGCAUUUCUAGCAUGUUUCAAUUUCUAAUUUCUAGGCAAUGUUAGUCUGAGUUAUGCAUCAUGAACUUAACAAGCUUUAGUAAAUGUCAUGAUAUAUUGAUAUGGCUAUGUUAUUGUGGAUUUCAGUACCCAGAUUUGAAGCCUCCGUCGUCUCCAACUCCAUCAAAGCCCUCGGUUGCUCCGGUUGAUGCUGUGUAAUAGUUAUAUACGGAGUAGUCGUCAGUAGAGCAUAAUUUGCAUUGUUUCCCUCCAUAUCACAACAUUGUAUGGCUAGAAUGCAUUGAGGGGCUGUGUAGGGAGUAAUUGUGCAAGACUAUGCCAGGCCUAUGGCAAGUGAGGCCCUCGCCUUCCCAUUGUUCUAUUUGCAGCUUGUAUAAUGUAUCCCAUAACCCAUAACUGUAUUUCUUCUGCUAUAGUGCUAUUUGGUUAUUCCAAUAGAGACAAUGGUUGUUGAAAUUGGUUGAAAUCGAUUACUUUUGUUGAAAUUUAUGAAGUUCUUCUGAAAUGAUUAGAUC